AUGGAAGCAAUAAAUCCAACAUUCACUCUCAAAUCGAUUCUACUGUACAAGGUUACAUUCUCAUCGAUUUCACUUUCUCUCUCUGAAGAAAAUAUCUCAUAUUUUCAAAAAGCCCUAAACCAGCACCGCCGGCUAUCACUUCCACCAUCGUUCACGUCGUCCUACUUCCCAGAUGGUGCGUGUGUGCGCGGCAAGACUGAACAGAAAAUGGGAAAGAAAAGAAAACAUGAGGUGAAAGAUAGAGAAGAGAUUUUAAGGCCGAGGGGAGGAUGCAUCGGAGCUGUGGUACUAUUCUUAAGUUCUAGAUGGUAUGGGUUCACCCUGAUAUGGUUUAGAGAAGUGAUUAGUGGUAAGAUUUUGCAAUUGGAGAGUGUCACACAGUCAGAAGCCAUGAGGAGGCGGUAUCGCUACUUGAGCCAUUUUUCUUUAACAACCACGUUUCAGCUGCCAAUUCCACCUCUAAUGAAGACCUUGGUGGGUCCCACUCCUAGUUUAAGGAAACUAAUGUUUACAUCACUGGCCAGCAGGUUAGAUAGCCUAGUUGGGUUGUUUGGAGCAGGAUGUCAACCAAGUUCAACUAAUGACCCUUUUGGCCUACCAAGAAUCUCAUAUGGUCUUGUCCAAGUGUUGGUAGAAAAAGAUAGAAACUUGGACUUACAACAUGCUUUGGAAGUUGAUGCUUCUGUGAAAUCUUUGAAAAUAGAUGUUGUAACAAUAUGCGAGAUUGUGGGAAAGGUCUUGCCAGAGCUAAAUGGAAAGCUUACUGGAAUGGAUUUUAGGGUUCAUGGUUUGAUGGGUUUAACCAACCAAAGAUUCUUACGUUAUGUUCCACAAUUGCCCCUGAUACAGGCACGAUGCUCUCAACUAGUCGGCCAUCAAAUCUUCUGA